UUGAAGUGAUGGUGGCCCUCAGAGACAUUGUACACCACAUCCCGGCAUUGAUUGCCAUGAGUACUGUCCAGUACCUGGGUUACAAAUUGGGGUACAUAGCGGAGAUGGGUCGAACAGGUAGAGCCUUCGCGGCGAUCACAUAUAUCCUUGUCCCCCUCUAUCUGUCCCCUCCCCCACGCAAGGUCCUAUUGAGAAGG